AUGUGUGAGCCCUGCUGGGCUUCUGCUUCUUUUCCAGGUGAGAAGAUGUUCCCAAUUAUGCAUUCGGACCACACCCGAGAGAGAAAAAGGCAGGCGAUGGCCAUCGUGAGGGAGAUGAUGGGAGACGGCCCCCAGCUGGACCUGGGGAAGAAGGUCAGCAUCCCACAGGAUCUGAUGGUGGAAGAGCUGUCUCUGCAGACAAACAGGGGCUCCCAGCUGUUCCAACAGAGGCAGAAGCGGGUGCAGAAGUUCAUCUUGGAGCAUCCUACUGGCUACAGAGCCAGCUCAAGCACGAUGGCAGCAGGCGGCUCGCACGGCGCGGCUGAGGGGGACCUGGCGGGAAGACCGGACGCGUGGCUGUCUGCCCAGGGCCAGGAGAACUAUCGCACUGAGCUUCACGUGGCAGCAGCAGGCCAGGGGACCCCUCCCAAAGUGCCCAAGAAGACAAACAAAGUCCUACAAAUGAGUAAAGCCCUCAAUCCCGAGUCCCUGGCCCCAGGCUACUCUGGACCGCUGAAGGAAGUCCCACCAGAGAAGUUCAACUUCACUGCCAUCCCCAAGGGCUACUGUUCCCCUUGGCAGGAAUUCCUCUUCAGUGAGGACUACCGGAUGGAGAGCAAGAGCCAGCUGCCUGAACUGCCCAGGAAACCCAGCCACUUCGAGUUGAGGAGCUUCAACAGGACUCCGACCCCGUUUGGUGGAGUGCUGCUCAAUGACAUGUUCACUGUGCCUGGGUUGGAGAUGGAGGCUCAGACAGACACCCUGAACAGCUUGGAGCUCGUCUGGAAUAGACCCAGCUUUAACAGAGCACCCCAGGGCUGGGUACGGAUUUUACCAGAGACAGAAGAGCUGUAA